UGGAUUUGGAAGAGUCACUGAUGUAAUGGAGCUGUACAUUAGGCCACACCCAGCAACUUGCUUCCCGAUCUGACUCUGAGCAGCAGCAGUGUGUUGUCCUGGGUGUGUGAGGAGGGUGUGUCGUUAAGGAGCUUUGACAUGUUUCCAACUCUAGGAGUGGCCAACACACGCACUAUGGACAGACAGGGUGUGGCCAUAGUAACUGCUGCUGAGUUUCACUUGAGAGCAAAAUAGGAAGCAGUGCUGAAACACUCAGGAGUUACGUUUGCUUUGGACUCUCUCUUCUUUUGAAGGUUCACAAUGGAGCCUGUAUUCACAAGUAUGAGGCUAAAGGUGGCCGUGCUGUGGAUUCUAACAACUCUGCUGAAGACAAAUGUGAUGGAGGCGCUGGACAUAACAUCCUCAGGGCCACAAACCAUUCAACAGCCCCUGGGCGUGACAGUCACCCUGGGGUGCACCUACACCCCCAGCCCCCAAGACACUGGUGACUUGGACAUCGAGUGGUCCGACCUCAGCCCGGACAUGACGCAGAAAGACCAACUGAUGAUGUCCUAUACAGGGGGUCAUACGCACUACUACGGCGACCCCAGCAACUCCAAAAGGAUCCGCUUCAUAGGGGACCCCAAGGUGGGGGACGCCUCCGUCUCCAUCUCGAACGUGUUGCCCUCAGACACAGGCACCUACCAGUGUAAAGUCAAGAAAGCGCCGGGUGUCGACACACGGAAAGUCACACUGGUGGUAAUGGUUCCCCCCUCAGUGCCAAAGUGUUGGGUUGAUGGUGGAGAGGAGAAAGGGGGUCCUGUCUCCCUCCGCUGUGCAGAUUCUCGAGGAUCCAGUCCUCUCACUUAUACGUGGACGAGAGAGAGCGGGGGUGCAAUACCAGUCGAUUCAACCCAAAACCAGCAGUCUGGGGAGCUGUUGAUAAGAAACCACACAGAAAGCAACGUUGGAACUUAUGUUUGUGAGGUGAAAAACGCUGUGGGCAAAGAACAGUGUAAAUAUGAGCUGCAUGCAUACAACCCAACCAAUAAGGCGGGUGUGAUAGCCGGGGCGGUGAUCGGGGCUCUGCUGCUGCUGCUGCUCCUGCUGCUUCUCAUCUGGCUCCUGAUCUGCUGCUGCCACAAGCGUCGCUAUGAGAAGGAGGUGGCCAAUGAAAUAAGGGAGGACGUCCAGGCCCCAGACAGCCGACCCACCAGCAGGAACUCCAGCUUACGCUCAGUCAUGGGGUACCGCACUCACCCCGGGGUGGUCUACAGCUCCGUGAGGAGCAACCUGCCCAAAAGCAGUGCAAAGAGAGGCAUUGAUGGGAUGUUAUCACCGGCCACUGCAGGACACAAAUCUGCUGAGCUCCAGUACGACCAUAAAUAUGGGUACCCUGUGUAGCUGCACAGACUUCCUGUCUUUGGUAGAAAGCUGAAGAAGAGACUUGUAAAGAUUAUUAAGGUGCCUUGUAAUGAAUGUAAAGUAUGUCUGUGACAAAUUGUGCAAUACAAUAUAUUUAACUGGAGAACAAUGGGAGUGUUGGUAUACAGCUACUGGGUACUCUUGCCUCAGCCUUUCGACAAAUAUAAAUCUGCAACUGGUUGAACUUUCAUGCUGAUCUGAUUUUACGCACAACAACACAAAUGUAAAAGCCACUCAACUGUAACACAACAGCAGUGAGCGACAACGCAUGUUGACAAAGACAAUGGACAGUCCAUGCGUCCUUUUCGGGAGCUCCAAGCACCUGUGCCCUAACACCUUAAAUAGACAAGCAUCCAUAUUUUAGCGGUGAAUGACUUCAAUGGGUUUUCCCAAAUGAGAGCUCACUUGGCCACAGUGUCUAACUCUGCAUGUUUCAUUGUCGACACGUGUGGCUUUGUAGUUGUGUGAUGGCUUUUACAAUCGUGUUUUGCGUCAGUGCACUUGUGUGAGAAGUCUCGGCCACUGCCUUUGUAUAUAAGAAUAGUUCUAAUAAUUCAAAGUCAUUGUUACACUGAUUAUUAAUUAAGCUAAAACCGUUGUGAAUGUACACAUUAAGAGACUUGUAUUAUUUUAUUUUUUUCUAUCAUGUUGAUGAAGCUCAAUUCGUUGAGCACUUUUUUAAAUAAGAUAAAUAAGAACAAAACUCAGUGGAACAAAGUUUGAAAGAUGCAGGAUGUGAGAGCUGUGACAACUUUUUUUAGCAUCAUAAUAAAAUCAUACGAUUUGUUUUGACAUGCAAAAUAAAGACAAAAAACAAUUAUCAAUGUGAUCAAAUACGACUUAAUUAAAGAGGAUCCAAAAGUAGUAAACUGGAUACUGACGGAGAUGUUACUGAUUAUAAUAAAUUACUGAGCUACUCACGAGUCAGACUCCUGGCAGGCGCUGAAAUCAAUUUUUCAUGUGAUUUUCAUUCUUGUGUGAAUUUUCCCUCUGGAAGUUUUCUGCCGAACAAAUUGCUGUACACUUGCUAUGUUUGCGUUGUGUGUUUGCAGCCGGUAAACUAGUCAUCAGACUAACAGCUGGUAGUUCAGUCACUAACCACCAGCACGGGGCCUGCAGCCUCGCCUCGCUUCAAAAGAGCCUGCGUUGGCCUGAGUCCCUCUUCAAACUGUGUGUUGAAUUAAUAAGAGCUGCUGGGAGGUGUUAAGGUUGAUGGGCCUCCAGUGAUAAAGUUCUGCCCAGGCCCUUUAUUAAGGGCAGGGGCCGGUCGAGGGUGGGCAUUUAUUCGGAAACAGUGUUAAUAUUUCAUAGGAUUACAAAUAAUAAGAAUCAUCAAGGUUUUAAAUAUUUCACUUGCAUGCUUCUCUUUUAAAGUAGCUUUACUUUAGAGCCACACAACCACACACACACAGCACUCACAAGUACUGUAUCUGCCUCUGCUGUGUUUGUCUUGUCAGUCACUCUCUGUGUGCACAUGCAUGUCAACAUCUGUAUCUGUCUCAUUGCUCAAUUCAAUCCCAAGCCUUUAUUUCCACUGUUUUUAUUCUACAUUGGACUUUUUUUUUAAAUCGUGUCCAGUCUAACAUGUGUUCUACUGUUGAAUGUACAAAUAAAAGUGUUUGUAAUACCA